UUUCUUUUACGGAUUUUAGAUGACAGCGACUUUUAUCAAUUAAAUCUCCGAGUGUGAGCACUGUAAAAGAGUCACGUUUUGAAAUGAUUAAUCGUCAUCAUUUAAAUGAAGAUGUCUAGUUGCAUAAUUGUAGAUGUCUUGUUGCAUAUUUGUAGGUGCGGAUAUAUUAAAAAAAUCAUUGUGAAAAAUGAAGUUAUUGAUAACAAUGUUGAUAUUACGGGUAUUUAAAAAAUCUUUGAAUACCAGAUUUUAUUGUAUAUACAAUGAUCUAGUUGCAAAACACAUUUCUUUGCAUCGAUUGAUGAUUAACUUAUAUAGUUGUAAAGCUUUUACUUAGUUGUCAACGAAUAUUGUAAUUUAUCUGAUUAUUGGAAGGAGGGCAUGGCCGUAGUGACGUUUGAACAAUAUAUUUACUCUUCGUUAUUUUCAUAUUUCAUGUGAUUAGUACCUCUUUAACAAUUUCUUUCCACAGUAAAAUGAUUCAUUUUUAAGCAUACCAAUCUCCACAACAAAUAUAUAACAAUAGAUCAUCUUAGAAAAUGUAAGACAUGUAGCAAUUCAUGAAUUCACCGAAUCUUUGACCCAAUGAAAGAUACAAGGUGUAGACUUAUCAUCAGAUUGAGUAUAGCGGAAAAUAGUUUAUGUAUCCUGCUUCACAUCUAAAUGUGGCAAAAAAAUUAUAGAAAUAAGCGGGAAAACAUAACACUUCCUGCUCAGUAAAUGUAUUUAAGAAAUGCUCAAUCGACAAAGAAGAAAAGUGAUAUCAUGGCAAUGGUGUGGAUAACGUUCCUCAUCUCCGGUUUGCUUUGUGCAAACGCUCAGCACAUUUAUCUGAAUGAGGAAGAUUACUGCAAAAAUAAUGAAGAGAUAAGAGAAGAAUUGCGAACAAUCUUAAUAGAGCAGAUAAAGUUCCAGCGUGAUUUGAUGACCAAUCUAACCUUAACAAAUAGGAUUCAGCGUGAAUUAGAAAAUAUAACACGGCUUGAUAACUUGGAAAUCAAAGAUUUACUUACCAAUAUUACGUUAAAGAGUAAGCGUCAGCGUGAAUUACACCAACAGGAUAACAUGGAAAUCAAAGAUUUACUGACUAAUCUAACAGUUACAAGUAAGGUCAAGCGUGAAUUAGAUGAACAAUUAUCACAAGAUAACAUUGAAAUGAAAGAUUUACUGGCCAAUGUUACGUUAACGAUUGAGUUAUUGAGUGAAUUAGAUGAACAAUUACGACAAGAACAAAUGGAAAUAAAAAAAUUGCUGACUGACCUUACGUUAAUAAAUAAGCUUCAGCGUGAAUCUGAGGAUCAAUUACAAAAAGAUAGCAUGGAAAUAAAAGAUUCACUGAACAACCUAACUUUAACGAGCAAGCUUCAGCGUGAUUUAGAUUACCAAGAUAGUAUGUAUAUAAAAGACCAGCUGACCAACAUAACGUUAACGAGUAAACACCAGCGUGAAUCAAAUGACCAAUUACUUCAAGAUAACAUGGAAAUGAAAGAAUUAAUCACAAACCUUACAUUAACAACUAAGCUUCAACAAGGUUUAGAUCAAAAAGAACACACAGAAAUGAAAGAUUUACUGACAAACCUUACGUUAUCAAGUGAGCUUCAACGUGAAUUGAAUAAUUUAGAGCAAGCACACGUGCAAAUGAUUGAUUUUCUGAACAAUUUAACGUCUACAAACAAGCUUCAGCGUGAAUCAGAUGAUCAGUUCAAACAAGAUAUCAUGGAAAUUAAAGAUUAUCUGAACAAUCUUACAUCAACUAUGAAGCUUCAGCGUGAAUCAGAUGAGCAAUUACGGCAGGAAAAUAAGGAAAUCAGGGAUUUACUGACCAAACUUACCUCACGAAAUGACGUGAUUCACCAACUUACCAAGGGAAGGAACUCAUCCCUCUACGUCUCUAUUACAUUAAAAAAUGGUAAAACUUUGUACUCACGAUAUCAACAAUUCUCUGUGUCUAGUGAAGAAGACAACUACAAACUUUAUCUAGGAGGACCAGCUACCGGAACUUUAGGCAAAUUACAGUUUGGUAGAAUCUCUAUAUAUUAUCAACAAUAUGUCUGGAUGUCGUUCACCACACUAGACAGGGAUAACGACAGAGACAGUGGGGGUAACUGCGCUGUACAAUAUGAAGGAGGCUGGUGGUUUAACUCCUGCUACUAUGCCUACAUCAACGGUCCCUUGUCUUCCUCUUACAAUUUAUGGAGACCUGCAGUACCAGGUGCCGGAGAGAUAAAAGAGACUGUUAUGAUGAUAAAACCUAACUGA